AUGGCAAAAACUUACGUGAAGUCCAAGGAGCUGGUGGAGCUGGUCACCAUGCCGUCCUGGAUGGACAAAGGUCUGGGCUCUCAAAAUGAGACGAAGGAGGAGGAGAGAAGGCAGGGUGCUUAUGGGAUGCUUGGCAGCUUAACUGAAGAGCACGACAGUGUUGAAGAGGAAGAGGAGGAGGAAGAAGAUGGGGAGAAACCUAAAAGAAGGGGUCCCAAGAAAAAGAAGAUGACCAAAGCUCGCCUUGAGAGAUUCAGGGCUCGCAGGGUCAAGGCCAACGCCAGGGAGCGGACCCGGAUGCACGGCUUGAACGACGCCCUGGACAACCUGAGGAGGGUCAUGCCAUGUUACUCUAAAACCCAAAAGCUUUCCAAGAUAGAGACCCUCAGGUUGGCCAGGAACUACAUCUGGGCUUUGUCUGAAGUCCUGGAGACUGGCCAGACGCUUGAGGGCAAGGGCUUCGUGGAGAUGCUCUGCAAAGGCCUCUCCCAGCCCACUAGCAAUCUGGUGGCCGGGUGCCUCCAACUGGGGCCUCAAGCUGUUCUCUUGGAGAAACGGGAGGAGAAAUCGCCGAUUUGUGAUUCUGCCAUCUCUGCCCACAACUUCAACUAUCAGUCUCCAGGGCUCCCUAGCCCUCCUUAUGGCCAUCUGGAAACACAUCUUCUCCAUCUCAAGCCCCAGGUGUUCAAGAGUCUGGGAGAAUCGCCAUUCGGGGGCCACCCACCCGACUGCAGCACACCCCCUUAUGAGGGGCCACUCACCCCACCACUGAGCAUCAGUGGGAACUUCUCCUUGAAGCAAGAUGGCUCCCCUGACCUGGAAAAAUCUUACAGCUUCAUGCCACAUUACUCAUCCACAAGUCUAAGCUCAGGGCACGUGCAUUCGAGUCCAUUUCAGGCUGGUCCCCCCCGCUACGAUGUUCCCAUAGACAUGUCCUAUGAAUCCUACCCUCACCAUGGUAUUGGGGCCCAACUCAAUACCAUUUUCACUGAUUAG